ACAAGAGGGCGGGUGGAGGAGGAAGCGGCUGAUCCCGAGUCCCGCUCCGGCGCCGCCGAGCACCGCCCGCCUCAGCCGACCAGCCCCGUCGGCUCCCGGGCCUCACCGAGCCGAGAGGAGGGAAAGGCCGCGGCGGCUGCGAGGAAGCGUCGGGGGCGCGGGAGGAGGCGGCGCGACCGGCCGCGGCUGCUGCUUUGUUGUGCGGCCCGGGCCGAGGAAAGAGAAGUGGGAGGAGGGGGGAGCUCGGCGUCCCGCUCCCUCCGCGGCUCAUGGCGACGACGCUCGGCACAUCCGGGACCCUCCGGCCGUGGCGGCCGAGGCGCCGGCUGCUCGGGCCCCAGCCCCGGCCGCUGUGGUGACUCUGCCGCGCCUCGCGGUCGCCCCCGCCCCGCCCGCCGGCCCGCCGCCCCGCCGCCGCCGCCGCCGCCGCCCCCGCCGCCCCCGCUGCCGGGGACAUGUCUAACCCCGGAGGCCGGAGGAACGGGCCCGUCAAGCUGCGUCUGACAGCCACCUAUUCAGCAUGAAGAUGAGGAUGAAGACAUUUAUGAUGAUCCACUCCACUUAAUGAAUAUACUCUGUGCAAAAAACUUGGUGAAAAAGGAUUUUUUCCGACUUCCUGAUCCAUUUGCUAAGGUGGUAGUUGAUGGAUCUGGGCAAUGCCAUUCUACAGAUACUGUGAAGAAUACACUCGACCCAAAGUGGAAUCAGCACUAUGACCUGUAUAUUGGAAAGUCUGAUUCAGUUACAAUCAGUGUAUGGAAUCACAAGAAGAUCCAUAAAAAACAAGGUGCUGGAUUUCUUGGUUGUGUUCGUCUUCUUUCCAAUGCCAUCAACCGCCUCAAAGACACUGGUUAUCAGAGGUUGGAUCUGUGCAAACUUGGGCCAAAUGACAAUGAUACAGUUAGAGGACAGAUAGUAGUAAGUCUUCAGUCCAGAGACCGAAUAGGCACAGGAGGACAAGUCGUGGACUGCAGUCGUUUGUUUGAUAAUGAUUUACCAGAUGGUUGGGAAGAAAGGCGAACUGCCUCUGGAAGAAUCCAGUAUCUAAACCACAUUACAAGAACCACACAGUGGGAACGCCCAACACGACCAGCAUCUGAAUAUUCUAGUCCUGGCAGACCUCUUAGCUGCUUUGUUGAUGAGAACACUCCAAUUAGCGGAACAAACGGUGCAACAUGUGGACAGUCUUUGGAUCCCAGACUGGCAGAGAGGAGAGUCAGGUCACAACGGCACAGAAAUUACAUGAGCAGGACACAUUUACAUACUCCUCCAGACCUACCAGAAGGCUAUGAACAGAGGACAACGCAGCAAGGUCAGGUGUAUUUCUUACAUACUCAGACUGGUGUGAGCACCUGGCAUGAUCCACGAGUGCCUAGGGAUCUUAGCAACAUCAAUUGUGAAGAGCUUGGUCCAUUGCCUCCUGGAUGGGAGAUCCGUAAUACAGCAACAGGCAGAGUUUAUUUCGUUGACCAUAACAACAGAACAACACAAUUUACAGAUCCUCGGCUCUCUGCUAACUUGCAUUUAGUUUUAAAUCGACAGAACCAAUUGAAAGACCAACAGCAACAGCAAGUGGUGUCAUUAUGCCCUGAUGACGCAGAGUGUCUGACAGUUCCAAGGUACAAGCGAGACCUGGUUCAGAAACUAAAAAUUUUGCGGCAAGAACUUUCCCAACAACAGCCUCAGGCUGGCCAUUGCCGCAUUGAGGUUUCCAGGGAGGAGAUUUUUGAGGAGUCAUAUCGACAGGUUAUGAAAAUGAGACCAAAAGAUCUCUGGAAGCGAUUAAUGAUAAAAUUUCGUGGAGAAGAAGGCCUUGACUAUGGAGGGGUUGCCAGGGAAUGGUUAUAUCUGUUGUCACAUGAAAUGUUGAAUCCAUACUAUGGCCUCUUCCAGUAUUCAAGAGACGAUAUAUAUACAUUGCAGAUAAAUCCUGAUUCUGCAGUUAAUCCGGAACACUUAUCGUAUUUCCACUUUGUUGGACGAAUAAUGGGAAUGGCUGUGUUUCAUGGACAUUAUAUUGAUGGUGGUUUCACAUUGCCUUUUUAUAAACAAUUGCUUGGGAAGUCAAUUACUUUGGAUGACAUGGAGUUAGUUGAUCCAGACCUUCAUAACAGUUUAGUGUGGAUACUUGAGAAUGAUAUUACAGGUGUUUUGGACCAUACCUUCUGUGUUGAACAUAAUGCAUAUGGUGAAAUUAUCCAGCAUGAACUUAAACCAAAUGGCAAAAGUAUCCCUGUUACUGAAGAAAAUAAAAAAGAAUAUGUCAGGCUCUAUGUGAACUGGAGAUUUUUACGAGGCAUUGAAGCUCAAUUCCUGGCUCUGCAAAAAGGAUUUAACGAAGUAAUUCCACAGCAUCUGCUGAAGACAUUUGAUGAGAAGGAGUUAGAGCUCAUUAUUUGUGGACUCGGAAAGAUAGAUGUUAAUGAUUGGAAGGUAAACACCCGGUUAAAACACUGUACGCCAGAUAGCAAUGUGGUCAAGUGGUUCUGGAAAGCUGUGGAGUUUUUUGAUGAAGAGCGACGAGCACGAUUGCUGCAGUUUGUGACAGGAUCCUCUCGAGUGCCUCUACAGGGCUUCAAAGCGCUGCAAGGUGCCGCGGGCCCUCGACUCUUUACCAUACACCAGAUUGAUGCCUGCACUAACAACCUGCCUAAAGCCCAUACUUGCUUCAAUCGAAUAGACAUUCCGCCCUAUGAAAGCUAUGAAAAACUCUAUGAAAAGCUGCUAACAGCCAUUGAAGAAACAUGUGGAUUUGCUGUGGAAUGAUGAACUUCAAGGAUUUACCCAGGACUCUAUUUAUACCCCUGACUGACAGCCUACUUCAGCAGAGUUUCAAAGAAUGCUGAAAUACAGGAACUGCUCCCCCCCCCCUUUUAAUUUUAGGACACUGUGAGGGGAAAGGACAAUUUCGAAAUUCCUUUUCAAGAAAAUUGGUCUUUAUGCUUUGCCAUGAGGCCACAUUCAGCUGCUAUUUAAAAUUAAUAUCUUGAACCUAAAGAAUGCUGACUUUUCCUACAUUUCCAGAGUUAGGCAGUAUUCUACACUUAAAGACUACUACUAUUUUUAUAAAAGGUAAUCUAUUCAAAUCGCUUCACCAAUUUCAAGUCUCUCAAACAUCAAGACAACUUCAGCAGUCGGUACAAGUCACAUUUUAUUUUGAUUGAAUACAUGAUUUUGAACAGCUCCUUGCUCUUUGUAAAAAAAUAAAAUUAUUAUGAAUUAUUCUACCUUU